AGUGCGCGGAGUCACAAGGUUUGCCUGCCUGGCAUUGUUGGGUACCGACGCUCAUGAUUUGGAGCUUUUACUGAAAUUGAUGAAUACCCCCUGCAUGCUUACUGCAUGGACUGAAAGCCACGAUCCUGAUGUGAAAGAGGGGACGAUCCAGAACAGAGCCGCCUUUUUGAAUCCUGACACCCAUACAACUCCUGACAUUACCCAUUUCAAGUACCACCGAAAAACUGUCAGAAGACUUGAGCCAUGCCCUGCGUCCAGGCUCAGUAUGGAUCAUCACCUCAAGGAGCUAGUCCUGCUUCCCAGAGCUACAGCUACCACACGGCAGGAGAAUACAGCUGCGACUUCUUAACACCCGAGUUUGUUAAGUUUAGCAUGGACUUGACCAACACUGAGAUCACAGCAACUACUUCUCUCCCGAGUUUCAGUACAUUCAUGGACAACUAUAACACCAGUUACGACGUUAAACCGCCCUGUCUGUAUCAGAUGCCCCACUCUGGUGAGCAGUCCUCUAUCAAGGUGGAGGACGUCCAGAUGCACAAUUACCAUCAGCAGAGCCACCUGCCACCUCAGUCAGAAGAAAUGAUGGCUCACUCUGGGCCUAUGUACUUCAAACCCUCCUCGCCUCAUGCCCCGAGUACACCAAAUUUCCAAGUUCAGCCUAAUCACAUGUGGGAGGACCCUGGCUCCCUCCACAGUUUCCACCAGAACUAUGUUGCGGCCACGUCUCAUAUGAUAGACCAGCGCAAGAAUCCGGUGUCAAGGCUUUCGCUCUUCUCCUUCAAGCAGUCCCCGCCCGGUACUCCUGUUUCCAGCUGUCAGAUGCGGUUCGACGGGCCGCUGCACGUCUCCAUGAACCAUGACAACCCGGGCGCGCACCGCGGCCUGGACGGCCAGAGCUUUGCGGUGCCCAGCGCCAUACGGAAACAGGCUGGCCUGGCCUUUCCUCACUCUCUGCAACUCGGCCACGGGCACCAGCUGGUGGACAGCCAAGUGCCAUCGCCCCCGUCCCGAGGAUCUCCGUCAAACGAGGGUCUGUGUGCGGUGUGUGGGGACAACGCAGCCUGCCAGCAUUAUGGAGUGAGAACCUGCGAGGGCUGCAAAGGAUUUUUCAAGCGCACCGUCCAGAAAAAUGCAAAAUACGUGUGUUUAGCAAAUAAAAACUGUCCUGUUGACAAACGCCGAAGAAAUCGUUGCCAGUUCUGCCGUUUCCAGAAGUGCCUUGUCGUCGGAAUGGUGAGAGAAGUUGUCCGAACGGAUAAUCUCAAAGGUCGGAGAGGACGCCUACCAUCCAAACCCAAAAGUCCCCAGGAGCCCUCCCCACCCUCGCCGCCGGUGAGCCUCAUAAGCGCACUUGUUAGGGCCCAUGUGGACUCCAACCCCUCCAUGUCUGCUUUGGACUACUCUAGAUUCCAGGCUAACCCUGACUACCAAAUGACUGGAGACAACACUCAGCACAUCCAGCAGUUCUAUGAUCUCCUGACGGGCUCCAUGGAGAUCAUCCGGGGCUGGGCGGAAAAGAUCCCUGGCUUUUCUGAUCUACCGAAGCAAGAUCAAGAUCUCCUCUUUGAAUCCGCCUUCCUUGAACUUUUUGUCCUGCGGCUGGCGUACAGGUCCAACCCAGUGGAAGGCAAACUUAUUUUUUGUAAUGGAGUGGUGUUACACAGGCUACAGUGCGUCCGUGGAUUUGGAGAGUGGGUGGACGCAAUCGUGGAGUUUUCUUCGAACUUGCAGAGCAUGAAUAUCGACAUCUCAGCUUUCUCCUGCAUCGCAGCUCUGGCCAUGGUAACAGAACGACACGGGCUUAAGGAACCCAAAAGAGUCGAGGAUCUUCAAAACAAGAUAGUCAACUGCCUCAAAGAUCAAGUGACAUUCAAUGGCGGUGGAUUGAAUCGUCCCAACUACUUGUCAAAACUCUUGGGAAAGCUCCCUGAACUGCGCACACUAUGUACCCAAGGUCUGCAGCGUAUCUUUUACCUAAAACUAGAAGAUCUAGUCCCUCCGCCAGCAAUAAUUGACAAACUUUUCCUCGACACCCUACCUUUCUGAGUCUGGCUCCAUGGCGAGACCUCAAAGAACUUCCAAAAGACUGUUUGAGUCAGACUUGGCAGAUUUUUAACGUUAUUACUUCUGAAUAUUCGCAAGCUCAAUAGGCUAAUAGAACAAGAGUCCUCUAUUAUGAUUCAUGGAAAAAAAGAUAAACAGGAGGAAGAAACAGAAUGAGUGAUUGCUGUGUAGGCCCUUUAAUUCUCUCAGUUUUUCUUUCUUUCUUUUUUUUUUCCUUUUUCUGAGUGCCAAACGAGUGAAUCAUCCCGGGGAAUUUCUCUCCAGUGGACAAAUUGUCAACAAAGUUAAUCCGGUCCUGAAUUCACUUACUGUUUAUUUAACAUCGGCUCUACUGAUUCAGCAAACUCAGAUGUAAUAUAUUCCAUUUUUAUAUAUAUCUAUAUAUAUAUAUAUGAAUAUAUAUAUAUAUGGCCACGCACGCACGCACGCACGCACACACACACACACACACUCACACACUGUAUAUUAUGAUAGAUUAUGUGAUGCCUCCAGUGCAUCGGUUUAUAACGUGUACAAAGUUUGUUAUAAUGAAAAGAUUUAAUUUUCUUUUCUUUUCUGACUCGUGCCUAUGUGUUUCUGACAGGAUCCCAAAAGUAUCCAGAAAAGACAACGCAUGUUCUAGUUUACUUUCUUUCCUUUUUCUUUUCUUUUAUAGGCACUUGCUGAGGUGAUGUCUAUAUAUAAUAUAUACCGGACACUAUGUAGUCUGCUAGAUUUGAUACAGAUUCGUAGUUAUGGCACUCCUUUUAUGUAUAACGCAUAUGUGGAAAAAUAUCUCAUCUGUAUAGAAAAUGAGGGACCCAUGGUGUUUGUAAAACUGUCAGACAUUCCUUGUUUGUAUGUGCUGUAAGUAUUGUUGCUGUUGAAUAUAAACGUUUCUAUAUAUUUAUUAUUUCUAUUGCCAAGAGCUACACUAAGCAUGGUGCAAUUUAAACGAUUUCAAACCAUCCAAGUUCAUGCUGAGCACGUUGUCUAUGUUUUAUGUCUUAUAAACGUCUAGGUAGUUAUGAUUUAACACGUUUGGAAAUGAAAAAAACAAAACAAAACAAAAACGAA